AUGCUCAUAACCCAACAAACGAAAUCUAAUGAAGCCAUUGCUAUUCUUGGUUCCACUCUUAAAGCGGAAAGGGCAAAACUUCAAGAAGUUCGGACUGGCAUCACUUUUGAUCAUGAAGAGUUCAAAGCCUCCAUUUCUUCUCAAAAUUCCAAGCUUCAAGAAGACCUUGCAAUGGAAAAGCCAAUCAUUGAUAAUAGUAAAGAAGAAGAGCUAGAUGAAAAAGAACUCAAAAGGCGAAAGGCUCGUGAAGCUGAGUUAGAUGAAAAUCAGAGAAUCGUUCCAAAGGAUGAAGCCAUGGAGAAGGCAGAAAGAGAAGCUCAGAAGUAUGAGCCUGUUAUCCUUUACCUCAAACUCAUGAUCAUUUCGUAUAUUCAAGAGAUGGGUAAUAUGGACGUGGAAAUUGCUACCAUGUUACGAAGGAAGCCUUCUGCUGUUCCUAAAGAAGCUCCAGAAGGGUUUGAGAAGUUAAAGCUCAGAAAAUUUUGCAAAGAAAGUUAG